AUGUCCGAUUCUGCAGACCAGAAGAAACCUACUACUCAAAGACGUUCUAGAGUCAGUAGAGGAGGAGCCAAAGCGCAACAGCAAUCGAAUAAUCGUAGAGGAUAUCGCAAAAGAAAUGAUUCCAACAAUGCUCAAGGAGAUGAUGAAGAAGAAGAUAUCCCUGAAGAUGAACAAUGUUUGAUUUGUGCUGAGAAAAUGGAAGUUGCAGCGUUAACUCCUUGUAAUCAUACAACUUGUCAUAAAUGUACAUUUAGACAACGUAGUUUAUAUGAAAAAUCCACUUGUCUUAUAUGUCGUACUGAAAAUGAUAAAAUUAUAAUUACUGAACAAAUUCAUAAAGAUUUUGGCGAUAUUACUGAUAAGGAUAUUGUUGCAACGAAUGAUAAAUACAUCAUUGAGUUUACUUCUAAAUUAGCAGAGCAUGAAACGUUGAAAUUAUUGGAAAACAUUUGUUGUAUAUGUCAUGAAACUUUCCCAGAUUUUAAACCAUUGAUUGAUCAUGCUAAAGAAGUUCAUAAUAAGUUUUAUUGUUUAAUUUGUUCAAAAUUUAAAAAAGCAUUCAAAUUGGAAUUACCUUUGUUUACUUAUAAACAAUUGCAAAAACAUCAAAUUGAAGGAGAUGGAGACGAAUCUGGAUUUACAGGACACCCUAAUUGUAAACAUUGUCAAGGUAAAAGAUUUUAUUCUGAAGAUGAAUUGAAUGUUCAUAUUCGUGAUAGGCAUGAACGUUGUCAUAUUUGUGAUCAAUUGAAUCCAAAAACAGCUGACUAUUAUAGAAAUUAUGAUUCAUUAUAUAAUCAUUUCACUAAACUGCAUUAUGUUUGUACAGUUUCAAGUUGUGUUGAAAAGAGAUUUGUUGUAUUUAGAGAUGAUUUGGAUUUAACUGCACAUAUGUUGAAAGAGCAUGGUGGGUUAACAGGAAAUAAUAAUAGAGUUAUCAUUGGAUCUAAUACUCAACAUUUCUCACAAUUAUCUACCUUUGAUUCAAGAAGAUCAGCAAAUAACGGUAGAUGGAUGGGUGAAGAUGAUGAAGUUUUGCAACAAUCUCCAGAAAUUAAAAAGAAAAGAUUUGAAGAAAGAGCUAGACAUUAUUUGAAUUAUAAUAGUGAUAAAUUUAAUGAAUUUAAAUCAUUGAAUAAUAAUUUCAAAAAUAAAAGUAUCACUGCUAAUGAAUUGUUUAACCUUUAUAAACAAAAUUUAUUCAUACAUCAAACUCAAGAAGAAUUGAAUCUUUUAAUUAAAGAAUUUCAAGAGUUUUUCCCUAAAAAUUCUGAUUUCCAUAAAGAUUUAUCAAGCAUAAUCAAAGAAAAUGUUAUUGAAAAUUUCCCAGUAUUGGGUGCAGCUCCAACUAAUGAUAAUUUCCCAGUAUUAGGUGGAAGUAGAAGUGGAUCCACCACACCCGUUGGUGGUCAAAGUUGGGCUAAUGGAGGAAGUAGUUCACGUAAUAACUCAUCAUCCAAUGUUGAUAAAUUCCCACCACUUAAGGCCAAACCAAAGAAGAAGGUUCUUUUAAUGAAUACUUCACCAGCCACAACCACAAGGACAAUUAUUCGACCAGUAUCAACAACUGUCAAAAGACCUAUUUCUACAUUUACUACUGCACCAGUUACAGUUAAAGCUGCAACCAAACAAAAUUUCCCAACAUUGGCAAAGAAAUCACCAUCUACAAUCCCAGGUCCAAUUGCAACAUCAACUCCAUCUUCAUCAGUAACUAGUCUUCCAAUGAUGACAGGAACAAGUUAUGGAAGUGUGAAUAGUGUAUCGAGUAGCUCAUCGUUACCUUCAUCAAGAAACAGUUCCUCCACCAACUUGAACAGUAAUGAACAAUUCCCACAACUUCCAAAGAAAGUAAGUAAAAAGAAGGUGAUUCCAAGAGUUAAACAAUACAAUAUUCCGGAUCCAAAUGCAUGGGGGAAAUGA